UGUAUCAUUGCAACAUCAAUCAGUUAAAUAUUAUCCAAGAAAAAGAAACUAUUUGAAUCGCAAUAUUUUCCCAAUUUGAUUUGAAAAUGUCCAGGAAAAAAUCACAUGUGUUCACUACAGAUUUGGACUUUUGUCCCGACUGUGGAUCUGUUCUGCCAUUACCGACGUAUGAACAAUUCGUCGCAUGCAAAACGUGUUCUUUCAAAAUUGAUGUUUAUGAAUUUGAUGCUGUGAAAACCUGUUCACGAAUUGUGUUCAACACAUCGGAUAAAGCAGCUUUAAAAGCUCAGGAGGAGACUGGUGAGCUAACAGGGCCAACAGUUGACAGAAAAUGUCCUAAAUGUGGGCAUGAAGGAAUGGUGUAUACCACGAGACAAACACGAUCUGCUGAUGAAGGACAGACAGUCUUCUUUUCCUGUCCUGAUUGCAGAUUCCAGGAGAUUGAAUAUUCCUGAGUUUGAAGGAUUGCAGUUGGUAUCGGCAGUGUGUAAUCGUCAUCUGUCCAUCGUUGUCCCAUACAUGUAUUUCGGACAACGGUCACCCAAAGUAUACACGCGGAACAGUAUACAGAACUUGUUAUACCCAAGUUUUAAAUUCACAUUAGAGACAUGUCAUUGUUCAAUUAACUAUUUAGAAAUUGUUAAUUUUUUAAGAUAUUUUAUUAAUAAAUGGACAUUGUGUAGCAAUCUGUCAUUUCUGUUUUAAUGAAAAAGAUGGUAAGAAGAGGAAACAUCUUAAAGAUACAAUAUUAAAAUUGUAACUGGUAUUGGAAUGUGAUACAAGUGGAAAUGGUAUAUUUAGUGUGAUAGAAUAAGUGUAUAAGUUGAAAUAAUUAAUGAUACAGAUAACUACCCCCCUCCCCCCCAUUAAUAAUGGAUUGAAUGGAAAUUCCUAUUAUAUAUGAGACAGACAUUCUUCUUCUCCUGUCCUGAUUGCAGGUGUAUAUAAUAUAGGACAGACAUUCUUUUCCUGUCCUAAUUGCAGGUGUAUAUAUUAUAGGACAGACAUUCUUUUCAUGUCCUUAUUGCAGGUGUAUAUAUUAUAUAAGCCAACCUUCUUUUCCUGUCCUGAUUGCAGUUGUAUAUAUUAUAGGACAGCCAACCUCCUUUUCCUGUCCUGAUUGCUGGUGUAUAUAUUCAAUAUACAUAUAUAAUUAAGCUGAUGAUAACGGACGGUCAUUUUUCUUUUCCUCGCUGUAGCUUCAUCCUGUCCAUCAAUGUUUACUCUUUGUUCAUUUUGUCUUCAGAUUUAUUGUUCUGUAAUAAGUUUACUGCUGACUUUGAUGAGAAAUCAGGGGUUGAACCCUGGACUUAUUGUUCUGUAAUAAGCCUACUGACUUUGACAAGAAAUUACUUACUUACUAUUUUAUAUAUAUUUGUAGAUAUAUAUAUAUAUGAUAUAUGUUACAUGAAUAAAAAUUAACAAACAACUU